AUGUCGAUUGAUAUUAACCGAGAAUUACAGGCAUAUCGUCUUACCGAACGAGAGCUAUUUCGAAUAGUUUCUCUUAUUCCUAAAUUGCUUAAUCUUGCACUCUUUUUACUAGAUUUAGAAGAAAUUUUAAAUGCUCGUGAUGCUGUCAGAACUCAACACCCGAACGCUUUUUUCGUCCCACCUUCUUAUCAAGCCUUAGUUCCUGGUGGUCAGUUUGAACCAGUUGGGGAGGGACCUCUUAAUCGUACUGUUCGGCGAAAUGGAGUACGGAGCCAUCGAAGUUGGGAAAGACUUUCUGGCCAUAACUCAUAA